AUGCGGCGGCCAAGUACGAGAGUGCGCGCAGACCAGCCUCGGUCGAAGAGACCCUUCACUCUUUCCACUCCAUUUCGCGGGCUUUUCGGCCCGGACUCCAUCCCCAAGACACAGCCGACAUCAAAUGGCAGUCCCUAUGACAAACUAAAGGGACAACUCGAAUCACUGAGGUCAAGGAUCAGCGUCAAUAACUUCGAAAAGGUGGUAAAGCAAUACCUCAGUCCGGCCGGAUGGCCCGACUCUUCACCCGGGGCCGACGAUAAACGUAGCCGGUAUGAAGCCGCUCGGGCAUCCUGUAAGUUGACUCUACGUUCCCGAGUCCUCCGUAUCGCGGACCACAUUGAUGUUCGCAUAACGAUUCUCGGUAAGGAACACCUAGCUUGUCGGUCUGCGUUUCGCUCUCGGGGUUGGGCAGGCAACCAUGUCCGGACGCACAACGCGCGUUCGUUUCUGGAGCUGGAAACGCAGGUUUAA